CACCCGACGCAUCUCGCUCUCGCCGCCAGUCCCCGCCUCAGCCGCCGCUCGCCGCUGCCGGAGAAGAUACAGGAGCGAGGCCAUGGCGCCGGAGCCGGAAGAUGACAUCAUGAACGAGAAGAACCCGCGGCCGCUCGACGAGGACGACAUCGCCCUCCUCAAGACCUAUGGGCUCGGACCGUACUCGAACACCAUCAAGAAGGUCGAGAAGGAGAUAAAGGAGAAGGCCAAGAACAUCAAUGACCUCUGUGGGAUAAAGGAGUCUGAUACUGGAUUAGCUCCACCAAGCCAGUGGGAUCUUGUUUCCGACAAGCAGAUGAUGCAGGAGGAGCAACCAUUGCAGGUUGCUAGAUGCACGAAGAUCAUAAGUCCUAAUACUGAUGAUGCCAAAUACGUCAUCAACGUAAAACAAAUCGCAAAGUUUGUGGUAGGCUUAGGAGACAAAGUUUCGCCCACUGACAUUGAGGAAGGAAUGAGAGUUGGAGUUGAUAGAAACAAGUACCAGAUUCAGAUUCCUUUGCCACCCAAGAUUGACCCGAGCGUUACAAUGAUGACUGUUGAAGAGAAGCCUGAUGUGACAUAUAACGAUGUUGGUGGAUGCAAGGAGCAGAUCGAGAAGAUGCGGGAAGUUGUAGAGCUACCUAUGCUUCACCCAGAGAAGUUCGUCAAGCUUGGCAUUGAUCCUCCUAAGGGAGUUCUUUGCUAUGGCCCUCCAGGAACUGGGAAGACACUUCUUGCUAGGGCAGUAGCCAAUCGCACAGAUGCAUGUUUUAUCCGUGUGAUAGGAAGUGAGUUGGUCCAAAAGUAUGUUGGUGAAGGGGCACGAAUGGUUCGUGAACUAUUCCAGAUGGCCCGAUCAAAGAAGGCAUGCAUUGUAUUUUUUGAUGAAGUUGAUGCCAUUGGCGGUGCCCGCUUCGAUGAUGGUGCCGGUGGUGACAAUGAGGUCCAACGAACUAUGCUUGAGAUUGUCAAUCAGCUGGAUGGGUUCGAUUCCAGAGGAAACAUCAAGGUCCUCAUGGCGACCAACAGGCCUGAUACAUUGGACCCCGCACUGCUGCGUCCAGGGCGACUGGACAGGAAGGUUGAGUUUGGUUUGCCAGACCUGGAGGGCAGGACCCAGAUCUUCAAGAUCCACACUCGUGCCAUGAACUGCGAGCGGGACAUCCGGUUUGAGCUGCUGGCUCGCCUCUGCCCCAACUCCACUGGAGCUGACAUUCGGAGCGUGUGCACGGAGGCAGGUAUGUACGCCAUCCGCGCACGCAGGAAGACCGUCACGGAGAAAGAUUUCUUGGACGCGGUGAACAAAGUUAUCAAGGGAUACCAGAAGUUCAGCGCCACGCCGAAGUACAUGGUCUACAACUAGGUGGCCUGGCGUUAGCUCCCUGUAACUUUGCCACUCAGGCCUUGUUCUAGGAGAUUGUUGUUUGUUACUCUGCCUUUUUGUUGUCCCAUAGAAACUGUCGAGGCAUUUCUGCAUCAUAUGCUGCUACUCUGGAUUUGUAUCUUCAGAAUAUUGAAAUACGGGACUGGAAGGAUGAUGACGAUGAUGCCUUUUUAUUCUCA